AUGGCCACCCCAACCAUGGUCGCAACCACUCUCGUCGUCCCCACCGCUCGAAUCCGCUGUAACAUCACCAGCAGGAUUUGUGGAGAAGAACAAGUAGAAGUUUCCGAUAGACUAAACAAGGAAACUAUAGGAGGUAUAGCUGGCGGUUGCGCUUUGUUGGUCAUCGCCUGCCUUGCCUUUCUGUUCGGAGAGGCGAUCAUUGAGGUGUUGUUUACCACGCUAGGUGAGGUGUUGUCUGCCACGCUGGAGUCUCUUAGUCCCAGUGAGUUCAGGCGGAGGAAGAGGGAUAGGGAGGAGGCGAGGGCGAGGGAGGUGGUGGCUGCGGCGCUAGGAACGGUGGUGGAGGACUAG